AUGCAUGAUCCUUCUGAACGCCAAAUUGAACAGACAAUCCAAAAAUAUCAAGCUAAAAAUAAAUCAACUCCGAGCCGAAUUCAACAAUCAAAAAACGCUUAUUAUAACCAAAAACAAAUGCUUAAAGAAGCUCAACAAAACGCUUAUCAAACAGUAGGAGCCAACGCAUAUCGUUUAUCUUAUUUAAGCAAUAUAACGUAUUGA